CGCGUAUCGCGCGCUUCGAUGAAGCACCUUCUGAUCGCCAUCUUGCCGCCAGCGAAUUUCCUAAGCUUGCAUUAUGCCUACUUCCUUGUAACAGGCCUUAUCACGAGCAUCAUUUUUUAUUUAGCAUCAACGCCAUGGAAGAGUGUAGCGUACAUCGACUCCUUGUUCCUAUGUGUGAGCGCAAUGACAGGCGCAGGCUUAAACACGGUUGACUUGUCAAGUCUCAACACCUUCCAGCAGGCUACCUUAUUCCUGCUCCUUAUUCUGGGUUCUCCAAUCUUUGUGUCAAUCGCGGUGCUCAUCAUCCGUAAACGUGCUUUUGAAUCGAAGCUGAACAUUCUUUCGCUAGAACGUGAAGCUUCUCGGAGAGCGUCUGCGCUGGAGCUGAACACCCUUCCGCAGGAGGGGCCAUCCAAUGCCGAAACGUCAGGCCACAAUCAUCAUGCUCCGACCACUGAUUUACGUCAGAAGGCGGCGAGUGUAACCGUGCAGGGGACACCGAUCGCAUCUCGAGAUCCAAAUUGGGUAGAUGAUGACCAGGUCACUGUCGCGGAGCAAGCCUAUCACCAUCAUCACCAUCAUCGCGUCUUUCCCAUGGUGGGAGUCGGCGCCCGCCCAGAUUUGCACAAUGACCCUCGUGAUGCAGUGCAAAUGCCUCUAUACACAGAAGAUCUUCCUAAGUCUGGACUGAAAGGGAUCCUACAAGGUACCCAGAAGUACUUUUCUUCCAAGGGAAUCAUCUCCCGUAAUUCUCAGUUCCAUGGCUUGACAUCUACCGAGCGCGCAAAGCUAGGCGGAGUCGAAUACAAAGCCGUUUGCUUCUUGACAGUGGUCGUUUCUCUCUACCUCUUCCUAUUCCUUUCGCUAGGUAUUAUAGGCCUGGGAACCUGGCUAGCAAUCAAUCACCCCGAAGUCGCUCGCGCCAAUGGACUUUCGCCUUUCUGGACGGGGUCUUUCUUUGCUGUAUCGGCGUUUGUGAAUAGCGGUAUGGCGCUAUUAGACGCCAACAUGACUGCUUUGCAGCUGAACGCAUACCCGCUCCUGACCAUGUCGUUUCUCAUUUUGGCUGGCAAUACACUCUACCCUUGCUUCUUGAGGUUCAUUAUACGGACUAUGAGGAUGCUUCUACCGAAUACACCCGCUUGGUACUCAUGGCGAGUCACCCUUGAUUUCAUUCUAGAUCACCCCCGCAGAGUUUACACAAAUCUCUUUCCAGCUCGUCACACCUGGUAUCUGCUGGGGACAAUUAUCAUUCUGAACGGAAUCGACUGGAUCGGCUUCGAAAUUCUUUCAAUCGGCAAUAAAGAAAUUGAAACUCUCCCAACCGAGUACCGGGUUCUCGACGGGUUAUUUCAGGCCACGGCCGUUCGGUCUGGUGGCUUCUAUGUCGUGACAAUCGCCGAUCUCCGCCAAGGUUUGCUUGUUCUCUACGUUCUCAUGAUGUAUGUCUCUGCAUUUCCUGUGCUGGUCACUAUACGCAACACCAAUAUCUACGAAGAACGGUCACUUGGAAUAUAUUCCUGCGACGAGUCCCCCGAUUCUCCGGCAAACACAAGCCGCACCAAUCUACUGGUCGAUAUCAUACGCCAGCACCUCGGGCGGCCUGGUGGAUCUGAGACGUCUCGCGGCUACUUUGUCCACCAGCAGAUUCGAUCUCAAUUGAGCCAUGAUCUCUGGUGGAUCGCUCUGGCAGUGCUAUUCAUUGCGAUCGCCGAGGCGGACCAUUACACCGAUCAGCCCGUGGCAUUCUCUACCUUCAAUAUCAUUUUCGAGGUUGUAUCCGCGUACGGAUGUGUCGGCGUUAGUGUCGGCUAUCCUGGCGCAAACUACUCGUUUUGUGGUGCCUGGCAUACCAUUAGCAAGUUGAUCCUGGCUGCUGUCACUCUUCGCGGCCGUCACAGAGGGCUCCCCGUUGCCAUCGACAAGGCAAUUAUGCUCCCCAGUGAGUCGUUGGCUUGGGCGGAGGAGGAAGACGCUGCACUUCGCCGAGAGAGAAGCAUGCCUCGUCCUGUGCCGAUUGGCACUGUGUAG